UUAGUGCACAGUACUUCGAAACAACUCCCGUAGACGAUUGGUCUUAUCUUGGAUACUUGGAGACAAUGAAGCCAUACUUCUACGAUCAUGCAACAAUAUUUUCAUUAAAAUCUACGUGGCGAAAACGUUUCUUGGCUAAUGCAAGAGGCUUUGAAACUUGUCACGAUCAAGAGAGAAGAAAGGUUGCUAUCUCCCUUAUAAAUGAGAAGAGCAAUAAACGAGAAAUAUCAGAAUAUUGGAGUCAAAUCGAACGAGAAAGAGCAUUGAAGGCGAAACAAUUGGCUGUGAAAGACAAAACACAAUCUUCUGCGUUGGAUAUGCUAAAUGUUGCAACCAGCAAUCAAUCAAACCAAGUUAUUAUGUUGCUUGAAGAACAAGAUGCUCGCCUUCCUUCUAAUAAUAUUCCAAACGAAAAAUACUCUAGUAUUGAACGUCGGGAAGAAUUGGGUACAUCAUCAGCAAACACGAUCCUUAAUACAGAUCCCGAUACGAGUGAAGAAGAAAAGUGUGCAGAAAUUGACGAAUUUUUUAUGGGCACGGGAGAUUACGAGAUUUACAACGGUGAUAUUAAUGAUAUUAACUUCGUGGAAUGUAUAGAAGCCAAACCAACGCCAGUAUCUUGUCGAUCGUGGGUCCUUCGUAGUGGCACUAACGUUGGAGAUAAAUUGGCAAGAUAUGCUGAUACGAUCCUUGAUGCUCAGAAAUGUUUGAACCUCGCGUAUUGGAACAUUCUUGACCUGACCGAGGAUUCCCUAAUAAAAUCUUUUUUUUCAACAGACGACUGGAAAGAAAUAACGGAAAGCUUUGAAAAGGAUGUGAAAUUAGUUGAAUCGGAUAUACCGGAUGUAGCCAUGUAUUUUUUUAAUGAAGUAGAAAAGAUAACAAAAAAUGAGGAUGAGAAUAUCGUCGAUGCAAUCGAUAAAUUGACUCCAGAAAUAAUAGAAAGUAAUCAAGCCGUCAAGCUCACAAACGAAGACAAGGAGAUCGUUGCUACUAUCAGACGCGCCGUCGUUACAUAUGCAGAAAAUUUGAAAGGGCUCGAACUUCCCGUUUCGGAGUCUGACUUCGAUAAUGCUUUCCCGAAUAUGUUAACAAAGAGAUUCUUAGACAAACAAGAUCUCAAGAUGGACGUUGGAGAAAUCGCAUGCUGGGCUUCUUCCCGGCGCAGAAAUGAAGGGCGUUCCAUAAUCCUCCGUGCACGCAUAGGUCAAAAGUGCGACUUUCGAGGUACACUGAAAAAUAGUGUUAAUAGCCUCGAAGCUAUUAUCGGACUUAGGAGUGGUGGUCUCCCAGUCGUCCACCGCAAGAAAGUUAUCGAGGAUCGGAUUGAUCUUGCCGUAGCUAUGCGUGACGUUCUAUAUAAUUUUUUCGAAACAAAUACCGGUGCAUCUGGAGAUGAACUCCAUCAUACGUACGUCCUCGGAAUUCAAUCAUGGGGUAUGUGUAUAAAUAUAGCAAUUAAUUUUCAACAAUUUAAACGACUAAUAUGCUUUUUUUGUUCUCAUGAUAAGGAUGGGUCCAUGAAACCUAUGCUAUGGACUGUAAAGCCACGAACGUGUUGCGCCUAG